AUGACCACCGAUCCACAAAGCAAUGGUGACCUCGUCGCCGAGCACCAGACUGCGCCAGGAGAUUCCUCGCCCAACGCCACCAAACGAAAGCGUGCCAACUCGGACAAGCCGCAACAACCACAGUCACCAUCACAGGCACAGCUGUUCCAAGACCUUUUGGAGCUUUUGAACACACAUGAUCCCUCACCCUCGGUCUUGCACCUGCCAUUGCCCAACGUGUCGCGACUAUCCCAACUCAACGGCCAUUCGACCAAGCGUCCAAAACUUGACAGCGACGACCAACACACGACCAUUGCUUCGCGCCUGCAAAACAACCUCUACUCAGACCUCGGUGACUUCGAACGAGACCUUGAUCAUGCCUUGGACACCCUCUGCGAGCCUCUCAAGGCUCAGGAUCCGCUAAAGAAUACACAACGUCUUGCCAACCAAGACCUUGCAUCCAUCCAGGCCCUCUCAAAUUUCCGCAGCCUUGUCAAAGACUGUCUCGAUCGCGAGCGACCCAAAGAUGAGAACACGUCCAUCAAGAAAGAGGAGGGAGAUGAUCUUGCAACAAAAUCCACAAAGACAGUUCUGAGUCUGUACGGAAAUGCUCCUCAACCCAAACAACUCUUUUCAAGUCUGCCACAAUCAAACGCGUCCGUUCAAGGCUCGGGUCUUUCCAUCGAGGAACUCGGCUUGCCCACUAUGCUCUCCGCCACCAAAGUAGUGCCUCUACCUCCCAGCGACGCUGCCUCUGUCAGAAAGGCUAAUCCUACCUUUGCCGACGUCUUCCCCUCGCCUGCAUCUCUGCCGCCUUUGAAUCCUCCCAAGCCGACCAGACACACAUCAUCAAAGUCCACUUCGAUCUCAUGGUCUCACGGCGAACUACCGAAAGCUUCGCGAAAGGGUGGGUACACACUGCAACCCCUGACAGUCGGAACCUGGGUGGGCUAUGGUGCCAACGAACUCAAGGAAUCAGCAUCUGCGAUAAAGCGCAGGCGGAGAGAAAGCCUUCUCAAUGGCCAGGAACAACCAAAACCUGCCGAGGAAGCAUCCCCAGCCGACAUAAUCGCCCAGGAGACUGCCUUGUUCCGUUCUGCAUACUCUGGUUUCGCUCCAACCCAGGACAACUCCAAAGCUCUGGUAGCCAAAGAGACAAAGGACAUGGUCUGGUGGCAUAGGAUGGGUCAAAGACGAUUCGAUGACCAUUUCGUUCUCGAUCCAGCUUUACAAGAGUCUCCUUUCCUAAGUGAUGGCGAAGAAUUGGCCAACCAGACUUCCGCUGAAGAUGCCCAGAACGUCUUGGCUACCGAAGACCUUGAAGCAAUCCAAAAGGCAAUCGAAGAGUUUGACGAAGACGAUCUGAAGCCCAACAGACUCGAAGUUGUGUCCACCAUCAAUGAAGAAGAGCGCGAGGUUGAUCAAAUGCUUGUAGACAUUUCGAACCUCCUGCAAGCUUUGUCAUCACAUCAACGUAUCCGCAACUCUUACAUCCCCACCGGUUCGCGAAACCCAGCCAGCCCCAGUCCCUUGUUGAGCGCCAUGGUCGGUACAGCGACGGCUCCUUCAGCUGAAGAGAACGAGACCUAUAGAGCUCUGCGAUCCCAAUUGGCGCAGUUGAUCUCUAAGCUACCACCUUAUGCCGUUGCCAAACUCGAUGGUGAAAAGUUUGCAGAAUUGGCAGUUAAGAAGAACAUCGUUAUACGGGGCAAGGAGUACCGUGGAACCAUGGAAGAGGAUCAAUUGACUCGCUUGAUCCGCAGUUCGGCCAUGCAGGCUGCCGCGGCAAACCACAAACAGCCUGACUCGACAUCCCAAUAUGGACGUACACCAUCCAUCUCUAAUCGCACACCAGCAAACUAUUACAACUCCAGGACUCCAGCCGCAAGUUACCGUGGUGCUGCACAAACCUACAAUGCACCUGCCACUGCUCCUCGCGCGGGUGCUGGCUAUCCCAACACUUACAACACUAGCAGUACGGGUCGCUCGACAUUCAGUACGCAGUACUAUGGACAGCAGCGACCGACGUAUGCUUCGCAAUACAGCGCUCAAACUCCUCAGCCCAACAAUCCUGCUCGACAAGGCUUUAAUGUUCCCCAAACCGCUUUUGCUCCUCGGACCACCGCAUCGACCUUUGCCAACGGUACCCCUACUGCCGCUACCUACACACCACAAAAUUAUGGGCAAACGCGACCCACCUAUGGAUCAGCCAGCACACCGGUACCAACCCAGCAGACGUACCAAGCUCGCCCACAGAACGUCGCAGCCUCUCAACCACAACCUUCCUCUGGUCGCGCAACGCCAACGUUCGCUCAGCCCACAAACCCAAACACUCCCUCAGCAGUGGGGCCAUCUGGCUUCCACAGCACUCUGACUGCUGAGCAGCAGAGGUUGAUGAUGGAGAGACAGCGUGCAGCUCUGGCCAUGCAACCACCGGCGCAGACAGCACCCAUGGGAGGCAGCCCUGCAGCGCCUCAAGCUGCCAUGCAAGCUCCAGUACAAAAGCCUAACGGAUCUCUAUAG